AUGGCGGGAAGGGAAAGAGCAAUAGCUGAGAGAAGUCUUGUAUGUCUUAUAAAGGCCGUUCAAGGGUAUAACACAACUGUCGAACUACGCAACGAGUCAUACCUUGAAGGAUUUAUCGAGCAUGUCGAUGGAUUCAUGAAUAUUAAAAUGAAAGACGUGAAAUUCGUGAAAGCAAGCGGGGAAGUUGAUAAUCUUCCGGCCAUGUUUAUUGUAGGAACGCAAAUCCGUUACGUACAUAUCCCAGAUGAGAUCGAUAUGCGGAAAGCGAUAGAGCAGGAGCUUGGCAAGAUCCAGGGCACAAGAACCGUCAAAAGGGAGCGGAAGAUGAAGAAAAGGAAAAUCUAA